AACCCAUUAAGCUGACUUCACGAGCAUUCGAAUAUUUUGGUUCUUUCAGUUCAAUUAAGCUUCCCUCGGGUGCAUUUGAUUUUGAGCUGUAGAAUCCAUACCCCGCUCGAAUAUUUUGGUUCUUUCAGUUCAAUUAAGCUUCCCUCGGCUGCAUUUGAUUUUGAGCUGUAGAAUCCAUACACAUGGCUUCCUAUUCAAUCAGCCGAAAUCUUGAAGCUUCCAAAGUUAUCAAAUCCAUCAAAAUUUGGGCUCUGCAGAGCUCUUCUUCUUCUACUUCUUCGCCAAGGAAUGUAACGCUUUGCAAUCUGACGGUUGAUUAUUUUUCAUCUCGGUUACUGCUUCAGAACCAUGCUAAUUUCAAGCUCAGUGGAGCUCCGGUUCGAUUUAUGUUUUACCAGAUUGGGAUGUGGAUUGAUUUUUCUAGAGAAAUUGCGGAUAAUCUUCGUUCUGGCUUUCUAGAACGGACUUCGGUGAUCGAUAUGGUGAUUGAAGGGUCGAAUUACCUUUUUGAUUUUCUUCGUAUGUUGCAGAUUCAUUUGGGGACUGGAAACCAGAGAUCGAUUGCUUGGAUUGAUGAGGAAGGUAAGUGUUUCUUCCCUAAACAAUUUAUCGGAGAUGAAUUUGAGGACAACGAUGUAGAGAAUCCGAAGAUCGAAAUUGAGAUCGAAAUGAAAGCGAGUUCGGAGCCGAAAUUGGGUAAAAGAAUGAGAGAAGAAGAGAAAAUGGUGCAAGAUCAGGAGGAUAAGAAAGUGACUUCUUCGUAUAGGCAUGGAGAAAUGUCAAAACGGCAGCGUAUUAUUAAUGAUUCCAAGCCAGAAAAUCCUCGAUGGCCGAACACGAAAUUGUUGAGAGAAGAAGAUAGCGCUUAUACGAUUGUCAGGAACAUAUUUCUACCUGGGAUUAGGAAGAUUCAUCCCGGUGCUAUUAUCGCCACGAUUCAUCAGUGCUCGCGUAUGCGGCCACUCGAGAAAGCUCAUCGCGAAAUUUUUUCUAAGCAGAUGGAAAUUACUAAGGCUGCUCGAGGGACAUCGAAUACGGUUUACGCUUGGUUUGGGGCAUCGGCACAAGCCAUUGCAUGCGUUUUGGCACAUGGGUUUGGUGUGGCCGGCAAGCUUUCUGGCUCCGAUGCUAACGCGGUCGGUGUCCGUCUCUCUCCCUUGGCCAAUCCUUUUAGAAGUGCCAUGCAAUCGGAGGCGGACGAUAAUGGCGAAAAACAUAUGAUACUUUGCCGGGUUAUAUUGGGUAACGUUGAAAAAGUUGAGGCAGGUUCUCAACAAUAUUAUCCUAGUUCAGAGUUCGAUACUGGGGCUGAUGAUCCGAAGAAUCCCAAGUGGUAUGUCGUAUGGUCCACCAAUAUAAGCAGGCACAUUCUUCCGGAUUGUGUUGUGAGUUUCAAAACUUCUGCGAACAAACAAGCUGCUUUGGGAGGUUUUGCGCGAACUAAGUACACAUUUGCUGAAUUGUUUUCAAAGAUAAAGAGUUCCCUUCCCCCGGUGAAAGUUCAGGAAUGUAUAACUUUGUACGAUUCACUAAAGGCUGGAAAUAUUUCAAAAGACAUUUUCAUCAAGCAGUUCCGGUUGGUUGCUGGGGAGAAGGUGCUAUUAUCUGCAAUUAGGGAGAUUUGUGGCUCAGAAUGAGGUUGAUUUGAGAUUUUAUUUCUAUAGGUAGUAUUGAGAUAAUAAAUGUCUAUCUUAGUAUAGCCAAUCAAUAGAACCGAUGUAAUGUCCUACCUACUACGUUAGAACUAGGAUUAGAUAGAAAGGGCUUCACUAAACCGAGAAACAAAAAUUGCUUCUUUCCUUGGAUUCUUCAUGCUACAAAAUUGUGGCAGCAAGUUCAUUCUUUUAGCGUUCAUUUAAAGUCAAUAGUCUGAGUUGGCAGAUCCAAAUUCAGACUAUUUUGAAGGGUAUACAUUUACAAUAGAGAGAUCGUUUUAUGUACACAGAAAUCAAUUAUACAUGAUCAUGUUUCUAAUUAAAUUUAGUGGUGGCUGCAGUCUUAAUAUCA